GACGUCAAAAAGUCGUAUGGAAAAUUGCUUCAACAGUUCAACCAACGCUUACAUUUAUUUGUACUGAAUUAGAUUGUUUUUUACAUUUGAAAUCCAAGUUUAGUCAAUUUUUUCUAUAUUCUGUGGUCUAUUGGUUGAGAAGUUUCACAAAAAGUCUAAUUCAAGUGAUAUAAACAUCCCACUUGGUUGGUGGCAUAAAGUCGUUGGAAAAUGCCAAACAAGUACAACCAAACUAUCAAGGACGAAUACAUGGAACUGGAGGCCAUGGAGCAGGAGGAUUCGCCACAAAUGUGGCACGCGAACGACCCCGACCUGGCGCAACAACCAUGGAUGAAAGGAUUCACUCAGGAAGAUAUAAAUGCAAUGUAUCAACUUGGUGCAUUGUCCAAGAAUGGACUGAUCGUCGAGAUAAAGAAAAUAUUCGACCAAGCCUACAGCAUCGGACUACAAGAAGCAAAAGAGUUAUCAAAAGGUAAAAGCUUGGAUAUCUUCGCCAACACAUCGCGGCGUAAAUGAAACCAUUCCUGCAAGGGAUCUAGAAGAAUUAGUCAAACUGUCUCGUACGAACAGCACAGACUAAAAUAUCGUGUAAAAUAAAACAAGUGUAACAAACCGGUAAAUUUUAUUAUAAUUAAAAUUGGUUUC